UUUAUCGACAUAGUCUUACCAGAGAAUGUCUUACUUGAAUAUUUUGUCCAAGUGUCAGAUGUGACAGAUCGAAGAUUUUUAUAAUCAUAUGUGCUUGUGCAUAUAUAUAAACACAUACUAGACGUGUUCUUAUCAGAAAUAACAUUCUCUAACGAGGGAAAAUUAUUAGCGAAUUUGUGACGGAAGGAAGUUGGAAGUGUAUACGCAAAUAGGAUAUCAGUAUAAAGUUUUGAAAAAUUUAACAUUUUAAAAUACUUCUAAUAACUUAGUAAAACCGGAAAGCUCAAAUGUAAAGUCGAGUACGAAUAGAUGUUUAAUUGUUUAUCCUGUGAGACUUUUAUAUGCUACCUAUAUGUAUGUGAUUACAAUUAUUUGUGUAAGUUUCAACUUCAUUAAAGUAUCAUGAAAAAUAAGUAGACAGAAGAUUCUCCCUCCGACCUUCAUGCAACCUUCAGUUGUGCCUCACAUGUGCCUCACUUUUGAUUGGUUUAACGCUCUUAUAAGCACUGCUAGCAAAACCAAUGCAGUGCUUACUUCAUUGUAUAAACGUUUUAUUGUCGCUGCUAAGUAACACAAAAUAAACAAAAUUGGGGUUAUAAAUUUAAAAAAGUCGUCAUUGUCUUAUUUAGUGCUAAAAGUGCAGUGAGCGAAUAGUUAUAAACAUAACGGUGGAUAAUCAUGAUAUUCUAAUUAUACAAAUACGUAUAUACAUAUGUAUAAGUGGAUUGUGUAUAAGCAUAAGUAACGAUAAACAUUUGUAUGUAUAUAAAUACAUUCAUAAGUGCUUAUAAACUCUUACCAAAAUGAUAAGAACAACACAGACAUUUGUACCUAGAAAUCUGUAUUAUUUACACAACAAUAUAAAUCUUAAAUAAAAUUUAAUAAAAAUCUUAAAUAAGCAUUCCUCAGUAAAUGGUACAAUUAAAAUUUCUCUUAGAAAUUUUCCUAAAGGGGUGAAGAAAUAAGUUCCAGUACAACCGAGUAGGUGAAACACAUUUGUUGUGAAAUCUCUCUUUGAUUCAUUAAAAAGUCAGUCAAUAAUUUAAUUUCCACUUAAACUUAAACUUGAAAAUCAACAAGAACCUGCAUGCGGAUAUUUUCGGAAUAAAAAGAGAUAAGGUAUUAAAAUGAGUCAAGGGCAAAGUUCUAAUUCGGGUGGUCAAUUUAUGGAUCGUGGACGCAUGAAUCAAAAUGGGGUUGUCCAGCCUCUUUUGACAGAUCUAUAUCAGAUUACGAUGGCAUACGCUUAUUGGAAGUCGGGAAAAACUGAUGACCAAUCGGUGUUUGAUUUGUUCUUUCGAACGAAUCCGUUUCAUGGAGAAUUCACCAUAUUUGCUGGACUGGAGGAAUGUCUCAAAUUUUUAGAUAGUUUCCACUAUUCAGAAAGCGAUAUUGACUAUCUGAGGCAAACAUUACCGGAAGGUGUAGAAAAUGAUUUUUUUGAAUACUUAGCCAGUUUGACGGCAAAAGAUGUUACUUUAUACGCCAUCGAUGAGGGUACAGUGGCCUUUCCAAGGGUACCUAUUAUCAAAGUUGAAGGACCUUUGAUAAUUGUGCAGCUCUUGGAAACAACAUUAUUGACGUUGGUGAAUUAUGCGAGUUUAAUGGCCACGAAUGCUGCUCGUUAUCGUAUGGUGGCUGGAAAACAUGUGAAACUUUUAGAAUUCGGCCUACGACGUGCUCAAGGCCCAGAUGGAGGAUUAUCGGCAUCAAAAUAUUCUUACACUGGGGGCUUCGAUGGAACAUCUAACGUGCUGGCAGGAAAACUUUUCAAUAUACCUGUCAAGGGCACCCAUGCGCAUGCUUAUAUUACAUCAUUUUCUGGAAUUGGAGAGUUAAAAACCCGUCUAUUAAGACAUAAGACAACAGGUAUAACUGGUGAUCUAUUGGAUCACGCUGUCCGGCAUCGGCAGGCAUUAGCACAAGUGCUGGACGUAUCACAGGAGGAGUCUAGUGAAGGUGAAUUGGCGGCUAUGGUGUCCUAUGCUAUAGCGUUUCCCGAUGGAUUCAUGGCGCUAGUCGAUACGUACGAUGUUAAGAGCAAAGUACAAACUGCGAAGUCAAGCAAAGACAAAAGUGUGACAAACAAUUACGAUAUUCCUAUGAACUUGUCACAAUCUAACGGCCACAUUCUGCAGGAGACAGUUAAUGGAUAUUUUACUGCAAAUGACGUGCUUGCUAAAAAUGAAAGUCUAGUUGCUACGAAUGAAAGACAAUGUAUUGGUGCAUUGCUGGACCUUAAUGAUGCAGUUAAAUCAAGUACGCUCUUAAAUUCAGCCAGUAAACCUAAUAUCAUUUCUAUAAACAAGACAACCGAUAGACAAACUCUAACUUCUGCUCCAAACGCGUAUCUGCCAAAAUAUGUCGCGAAGUCAUUCAGAAGCGGGCUUUUGAAUUUCUGUGCUGUUGCAUUGGCGCUCAACGAUUUGGGAUAUCAUGCAGUUGGUAUUCGCAUAGACUCCGGCGAUUUGGCUUACUUAUCUUGUUUGGCACGCGAAUCUUUUGAAAAGGUUGCCGAUCGAUUUAAGGUGCCAUGGUUCAAUAAGUUAACAAUUGUUGCAUCGAAUGACAUCAAUGAAGACACCAUUCUCAGCUUGAAUGAGCAGGGUCAUAAAAUUGACUGUUUCGGAAUCGGUACUCAUUUAGUAACAUGCCAAAGACAGCCAGCCCUCGGUUGUGUGUACAAGCUAGUUGAAAUAAAUGGACAACCACGCAUUAAAUUGAGCCAAGAUGUCGAAAAGGUCACGAUGCCGGGUAACAAGAAUGCUUUCAGAUUAUACAGUGCUGAUGGACAUGCCCUAAUUGAUUUACUACAGAAGGUUUCGGAACCACCUCCAAGUGUUGGUCAAAAAGUUUUGUGCCGUCAUCCUUUCCAGGAGUCAAAGCGGGCUUAUGUAAUUCCCUCCCAUGUUGAAUUAUUGUACAAAGUAUAUUGGAAGGACGGCAAAAUUUUACAACAGUUACCUACAUUAGAACAAGUGCGAGAAAAGGUAAAGAUUUCGCUUAAAACGUUACGGAAUGAUCACAAGCGCACACUUAACCCAACGCCCUAUAAGGUGGCCGUCAGCGACAAUUUAUACAAUUUUAUCCACGAUUUGUGGUUACAAAACGCACCGAUUGGCGAACUCUCAUGAUCUAUAUAAUUUUCUAAUUUUCCAAAUGAGUUAUGGUGCAAAUCGUAUGAAUAUAAAAUUGGAAAAGAAUUGUUAGACAUAGACACCGAUUUAAGCAAAUUACAAUUAGAACUCUCAAUUCAAUACAUUCGUAGGUUUAUAUAUGUAUAUAUGUAUAUGGAAAUCGGAUUGGGGAAAUAUAAGGUACGCGUUACAGAAAAUACAAUUAAUAUACAUAUGUAUAUACAUACAAUAAUAUAUACAGAUUACAGCACAACUUAUCAGGAAUGCGUCUUGUGCCUUAUGUACACAGACACGAUUAUAUGUAAAUGCAUAUGAAUGUAAAUUCGUUUGCAUGACUCUUAAGUACAAUUAUUAGUUACGCAAAUAAGCGCCAUUGCAGUUAUGUACACAUAAAUGUGUAUAUACAUAUGAGCUUUUUAAUAGAUGUUAGUUAAACAAUAAAAUUUGCACAACUUACCCUUCUCUAAACCCUUUAUUGUGUAUAGAAUGCGUAACUAAAAUAGCAUUCCGAAUUAAGUAAGCCACAAUAUAGGCAAUUUCUUAUUAAUGAACAUUAUUUGUCGGCCUGACGCACCCAAUGUAGUUUCGAUUUAUAAUGUCUGUAGUUAAUUAAGUUACAUAUUAUGACAUCAACAAAGCGUACACACUAAAACGUAUUUUGAGAUACCAGAAAAUUAAAUAAAAAACGUGUGUUUAAAAUCAAGUAUUGAUUUGUGUUUGUCAAUUAUAAAAUAAAAGAUUAGAAACACAAAAAUAAAAUUUGUACAAAAAAAAUAUAUAUAUAGUAAUAUUCCGAUUAUUAUUAUUGGGAGAUAUUAUAUGUAAACUCUUUAUAGAGAAAAUUACCUGACUAUUAACUCGUUAAUUUGUAGCGUUGCUUUCUUCAUGAAAAAAAAUGGAAACACACAUAUUUAUUUUAAAAUUUUUAUUAAUUUAUUGGUUGUAUCAUUGUCUUGUACAUUUCAAAAAUUCAUAUCCUUAUUAAGUAUAUUGUUAUGAAAGAUCUUUAUAAUCUACUGUCAAUCGUCACAGAGGGAUUGUUCAUCGAUUUAAGUAUGCAUGUAUUUUGUAUAUUAAGUUUCCGUCCGUUUAUUUUCACGUGGGGACAUAUGUAUGUAUGUAUGUAUGUAUAGUAUAUAAUUCACUACAUAAUAUGAAACUGUUUAACGUUGAAGAUAAAUAACUUAUAUAUUUUUGUCACUAUUUACUAUUCCGCUUUUAUAUAUGUAUGUUCUUAAAUUCUUUAUUGUUUGGUUAUAGUUCUUUGAUUAAUUAUCUGAGUAUUUGUACACUUCUUGCUUUAAAAAUUGUUAAUUAAGGAGUAGUCAUAUAAUGCAAAUCGUAAUGUGGAUACAUUGCUACUCGGCAAUGUUCUCUGUUUUCGUAUUACAACUUAAAAAAUAUUAAUAAAAAUAUUAUUGUUUUCAAUAUAUUUCUUUAUUUUUUAGAA